GUACACUCAACCAGUGCACUGCUUGAUUCAGGCGCAAACAACAUCUUCAUAGAUCAGGUCUGGGCGGAGCAAAUUGGACUCCCCCUUGUAAAAUGCAAUGUAUCUAUUCCCAUCUAUAAUGUUGACGGUACCCUUAAUGUGGGUGGCUGCAUUAUGCACAAAUGCUCUUUUGUUGUUGAGUACCAAGGACACAGAGAACGAGUCACCGCCAAAGCUACCCAACUAUUGAAGAUUAAUUUAAUCUUAGGCUGG